GACAUGCGAACACACCCUGGGCCGGCCACACUAUCAGCUGGAGGUGGGGAGGGUGCGGGUGCCGGGCAGCCAGUGGCCCACGCCUGCCAGGCGCAGACUCCCCAGCUCAGCUCGGGAUCCAAGCUCCAGGCUGUGGAGGAGCAGGGUGGGAGCAAGGGAGGUGGAGGCCGAGAAGGGUAGGUCUCCCUUUGCCAGCUCCCACCACCACACCCCAGCCAGCUUUUUUCCUGUUAUUUGUGCUCUGGGAAAGCACAGCUGAGUUCCUGGAAGAGAUGCCUGCUACCUAGGCUCAGAGGAAAAGCGGCAGCCUGGGACUAGGGCCUGGGCCUGUCCCUGCCGGCCUGGGGGUUCCGUAUUGGAGCCACACUGUCUGGGAACAGGCCCUGCACUAGGCCAGCAGCCUGGAGAGUCACCGAGGGAUGAGGACGUUACUAUCCAGUGGGACGCCCUUUCUGCCCUCGGGGCCCCAAGUGCACAGCACCCAGGAGCCUGGCCGAGCUUGAUGCCUUGUCGUCUCCCCUCGCGCACAGGCAUCUGCGAGUGACCCGACCAGCCAUCUCCCUGCUGCAUGGAACGGCUGCAGAAGCAACCUCUUACCUCCCCCGGGAGCGUCAGCUCCUCCCGAGGCUCCAGUGUUCCCGGCUCUCCCUCAAGCAUUGUGGCCAAGAUGGAUAACCAGGUGCUGGGCUACAAGGACUUAGCUGCCAUCCCCAAGGACAAGGCCAUCCUGGACAUUGAGCGGCCUGACCUCAUGAUCUACGAGCCUCACUUUACCUAUUCUCUCCUGGAACACGUAGAGCUGCCCAGAAGCCGGGAGCGCUCACUGUCACCCAAAUCCACAUCCCCCCCACCAUCCCCAGAGGUGUGGGUAGAGAGCCGAUCCCCUGGAACGAUUUCUCAAGCUUCAGCCCCAAGAACCACUGGGACCCCCCGAACCAGCCUGCCCCAUUUCCACCAUCCUGAGACCACCCGCCCAGAUUCCAACAUCUAUAAGAAGCCGCCCAUCUACAAGCAGAGAGAGUCCUUGGGAAGCAGCCCUCAGAGCAAGCACCAGAUUGAGGACCUCAUCAUUGAGUCAUCUAAGUUCCCUGCGGCCCAGCCCCCUGACCCCAACCAGCCAGCCAAGAUUGAAACUGACUACUGGCCAUGCCCCCCGUCACUGGCUGUUGUGGAAACAGAAUGGAGGAAGCGGAAAGCAUCUCGGAGAGGGGCAGAGGAGGAGGAGGAGGAGGAAGAUGAUGACUCCGGGGAGGAAAUGAAGGCUCUCAGAGAGCGUCAGAGAGAGGAACUCAGAAAGGUUACUUCCAACUUGGGAAAGAUGAUCUUGAAAGAAGAGAUGGAAAAGUCAUUGCCUAUCCGGAGGAAAACCCGCUCCCUGCCUGACCGAACACCCUUCCAUACUUCUUUGCAUGCUGGAACAUCUAAGUCAUCUUCUCUCCCAGCCUACGGCAGGACCACCCUGAGUCGGCUACAGUCCACAGACUUCAGCCCGUCCGGGAGUGAGACUGGAAGCCCAGGCCUGCAGAACGGAGAGGGCCAGAGGGGGAGGAUGGACCGGGGGAACUCCCUGCCCUGUGUGCUGGAGCAGAAGAUCUACCCCUAUGAAAUGCUGGUGGUGACCAAUAAGGGGCGAACCAAGUUGCCUCCAGGUGUGGACCGAAUGAGGCUCGAGAGGCAUCUGUCAGCUGAGGACUUCUCCAGGGUAUUUGCCAUGUCUCCCGAAGAGUUUAGCAAGCUGGCUCUGUGGAAGCGGAAUGAACUCAAGAAGAAGGCUUCUCUCUUCUGACGGCCCCCACACUCCCACUCUCCGUGACUGACCCUCACCCCUGCUGCUCUCGGGAGCUGGGUCACUAGACCCUAAAGCAUCAUCUCUUGGGGGAGCAGGGAAGUGGGCAGAGGUGGAAUUGGCUCCAUUUUCCUCCUCUCAGUGCUGGGUUGUGGGAUAUGGAGAUUCCAUAAUGAGCUGGAGGCCUCCCCUCAUCCUUGGUCCUCACUGCACAGGGCAAACCCAGGCUGGACUCCAGCACACACAGAGUUAAUGUCUGCACCCUCACCCUGCCCCCACCCCAUGAAGAGAGAUCGCCAGAAGAAUGGAGUGGGGAGACAUGAACAUGGCACUUGGUGGUCAGGCCUGUUACUGUCUUGACAGUGGGUGGGUGGGUGGAACCCUCAGCCUGGCAGGGGGAGGUGAGGAUGGGAAGCAGCAGGCAUGCAGGGACAGCUCCAGGACCCCGUGUUUGCCCAGCACUCCACCAUGCCUCAUCUCAGACAGCUUCCUCUGCACCUGGCCUCCCGCCUCUCUGACUCCAGCAGUAGGUAGGUUGAGCUCAGCCUCCAGCAGGGAGGCUGCCCUGCCUCCAGCUUACCCUCUUCUCUCCUUGAAAAUCUUACGCUUUGAAGCCUCAUGCUCAGCCCUGUGGCUUCCCGAGAAGCCUUGGCUUAGAGUGGAGAUGUUGCCUAUACCGAACCCCAGCCCCACAUCAGCCUCCAGGCAAAGUGAGCUAGAAUCCUACCUUCUGACACCCAGAUCCUUGGCAGAACCAGGCCUUCAGGCUCCCUCAGAUGGGGUCAAGAAGCCAGGCUACCAGGUUCCACCCAUACCCAUGCAUUCCCCAUCAUGCUCUCUGAAGAAUGUAAUUUAUUGGGGCACCCCCAGCUGCUUUCUUUACCCAAUCCUCUGCCCUACCUAAUCACAUUCUCAGCUUUUCUUCUCUACAAAUACAUAUGUGUAUAUAAUUAUAUAUAUAUAUAUUUUUGCCGAGGUCUGGGUUUUGUUCCUGCCCAGACCCUGGCAUCCCUUUCCACUGUGUGUAUGUGUGAGAUGAUGCUGGGGGAGGGGAACUCUGCUUGGAAUUAAAAGGUUGCAUUGGGUCCCCAAAUGUACUUGUUCUUUAUGAGCCUCCCCGUCUGGGUAAGAGGGAUGGAUGGUGCCAGGCUCAGGGAAGUCAUGGAGUGAAGGUUCAAAAGGAGACACAUAGGGUUGGAGGAGGUGGAACAAUGGCACACACAUGGUCCUUCCCCAUCCUGGGCCACAGAAGCAGGGGCUGGUCCAGCAGGUUCCCAUCUGCCACUUCUCCUCAGGGGCUAUGUGAUGCUGAAUGGCAGAAGGGACAGAAACAUACUCCUGAGCCUGAUAGAAGAGCCAGCUGGGAGGAAAGGCUGCUCCGGCCUCCACUGAAGCCCACAUGCUCCCCUUCACAGGCGAGCUCCUCGAUAGCUGACAUGACAGCGCUGCAGACUCUGAGAGUUCAGUGGGGAGGCCA